AUGUCCCCAAUAAUUCGACAAGUCGCCUCCCGCCGCACCUUCUCCAUCUUUACCCAAGUUCGCCAACUAGCACGUGGUUUCGAGCCCCAUCCUUUCGAACGCUAUCCCAUUUCACAACAAGCUGCUAAAGCUGACUGGAGUAAAUUGGUCAAGAGGACUGCUGGGAAUGCUGUAUUCUUUUUCCCAGGUUUUGCACUUGUGCUUGGUUGGCCUUUGUUGGCGGAGCAGGUUGUGAAGGUAACUCAGUAG